AUGUCUUCAAAUAUCGACGAAGCUGCUUAUGUGGAAGCCGGAAAUGGCCAAGCUUGUUUAGCUUUCAAAGACGAAAAGCAAGAAGCUCGGUUCGAGCUAGGUGUGUCAAUGAUGGUGUACAAGUGGGAUGCACUUUCCAUUGCAGUCGAGAACGGAUGGGGUGGGCCUGAAUCUGCUGAAAAAAGGGACUGGGUCACUGCUGUGAUUGUGGAUCUUUUCAAGUCUGAGAAAAUAGUUGAUGUAACGUUGAUUGAGGAAACGUUGCUGUAUGCUAUGGCAGACGAAUUCGACACCAAUGUCGAAGACGACUCAGCACUUCCCAUCGCUGCUGGCAUAAUUGAGAUAUACAAGCAGUGCGAUGCCCAAGAUUUUUCGACGGUUGAGAAACUAUACCUCGACUGGACUGAGAAACAAAAGAGUAAGGGAAGCAAGCGCAUUGUGCAAGUUGAGGAAGAUCCACUGAAUCCAGAUGCCUCUGACAGCGAGGAAGAGGAAGAGGAAGUGGAUGGCGAAUUUGAAGACGACGACAGCAUGGCGGUUGACGAGGUGCCUGAAAUCAACACGGAACCUGUUGUGGACGAAGACGGAUUUGAGCUUGUACAGAAGAAGGGUAGAAGGAGACACAACUAG